CACUUUAUUAGGCCUGUGCUUUCUUGCUUUUUUGUGGUUUGAGGUGCCAGCUUUCACAUCUAAUCGACUACUUGUGAACGCAGGAGACAGGAAAGCUAAUAUUAGCUCAUUACAAUGGCUGGGCGGAGUCCCCGAAGAGACCGCGUGCCAUGACUGGAAAACCGGUGUCAUAACUUUUAUUCCAAAAGAAAGACCCUGCCCCUGUCGACCCGCCGAUCAUAUCUACUUCCUGAAGGUCCACAAGUGUGGCUCGACCACUUUCGCUGGUUUAUUGGUCCGUUUUGCGUACAAAUACCGACUUUCUUUCGGCCAGCGCUCUGAUACUUUACAUUACUGGUUGGGAUGGCCGCAUUCGUUGCUUCCGACACAUGUCUCGCCCACAUACGUGAGGAACCUCACGCGAUACAUAACCUUUGACAUUCCGGGAAAAAAGGCCAACAACAGUUUGAUAGACAUCAUCACGCUGCAUACCGUUUACAAUCAAACUACCUUGAACAAGGUCAUGCCAUACGAUACGGUUAAGGUCGCCAUCAUCCGGGAACCUUUCUCUACCUUCCAAUCCGCCUUCAAUUACGUUGAUUUUGAUCAUGUCAAGGCCCUGAAUAUUGAGGGACCGAACCCCAUGAAAACAUACCUAGAGAGCCCCACCUUAAAGGAAAAGACCAUUCACGGCAAACACUUUCAAAACUUUAUCAGCACGGAGUUUGGAUUCUCAAACCAUUCGGUGAAUGACCCCACGGUAGUGGAGGAGUUCAUUGCGUAUAUUGACAAGCACUUCCGCCUCGUAACCAUCACGGAAUACUUUAAAGAAUCGCUUGUGCUAUUGAAGCGCAUGUUGUGUUGGAAGACAGAAGAUAUAGUCUUUUUGCACCUGAACAAAAACCUCGAUAAAACACAUCAAGUUAAGCCCGAGUCGGGGAGAAACUUUACAUAUCUCAAAACUCUCCAUAAGCGAUGGAGCAGAGCUGAUUACAUAUUCUAUGACAAUUUCAACCAGACAUUCUGGAGAAAAAUUGGACGAGAGGGAAAACAAUUUCAUGACGAGUUGAGAGAUUUUGAAUUGAUUUUAUCAAAAGUGACGAAGUUCUGUCGAGACGGUGCAAAGGCAGUCCCACCUGGAGAUAGGCUGAUGGUUUCUAAAACUAGGUGGCACAGUGCCUUUUAUGUGACAAUGCUACAAUGUGACCAGAUGCAAGCGGAUAUAUACACAAAUAUGAAACUAUAUUUCGAUAGGGAUUGGUGAGGUGUACAGAACGUAUAAGAUCAGUCGAAAUAUUCAUUUCUUGACACUAUUCUGGUGACAUUUUGUUUUUGAAAUUUUCUAAUGACGGUUUCACUCAAAUGUGGUUAUAAAUAUUUCAUACUUUUGAAAAUAUACAUUAUGAUUGUCGCCUUGAGUACCAACAUUGGAAAUAAUUAAUGAGCUGUUUGGUUUGAGGCCGAUGAAAUUAUCAAUUAGCGGGCGAAAUAUCUAAACAUGCCUCCUUGUAGUCCAAAAUGGAUGAGAUUGCAUUUAAUGGGAAAAUGUGGGAAAUAGAUGCUUAGAAAUUCGUUUGUUGUUUAAUUUUCGGUUU